GCUGGCCAAACAGUAACCUGCCACAGAACACCAUUUGUUUUUGUUAUUCUUUGGUGUGCGUAGAGAUAUCUAACUGCCGCGAAAUGCAAAUGUGAGUUUAGGAAACUGUAACAUCCAAUUAAUGAGGGUUAAAGCUCGUAAGUUUCGUAUGGACUAUGUAAACUCGAAUUGAAAUCAAAAUGAUACGCAGCCCAUGAAUAAAUGGUAAUCCGUGGUUUUUGUUUAAACAGGAACAGCAAUGACUAUGAUCUCUUCACUUGCAAUACAUCACCCACUUUUAACCAUACCUGAGGAAGACCAAUCAGCAUGCAGUGAAUGUUCAGUUCCAUCCGACUGUGAUUGUUUUACAGAUGCUCAAAAAUCAAAUGAGAAAAAAAUUACUUAUCAGAACAACAGUACUAAUGUCAUAGGGGAAAACAAGAGACUUGUGUUGCCUGGUACUAGAAAGACAUUGUCAAACAGAAAAAAUAACAAGUGUGAUGAAACUAAAGAUAGUAUUUUUGCUUGGAGGUUAAUGACCAUUAGAGAAAAAUUAGAGGUUACCCUUUUAAAUGUAUAUCUGUCCAUAAGCAAUAUACCAGAACCAGAUGGACUGCAGGAUUUCAUAAGACGACGUCAAAGAGCAGCGGAGUUUACAUCAAGAUUCUGCAGAAAUUAUCUGUAUCAGUUUCAUCGCCAGUUGCUGGCUCUGCAACAUCGACUAAGGGAGAAGUCUUGCUGUGGUCUUCAUUAUAUUUAUAAAGCAUCAAUGUGCCAGAAACUUUUAAAUGCUUAUGAACUGGCACACCUGGCACUGCAGGCAGUUUUGAACCACAUCCCAACUUCAGUAUUAAUGUGCAUACCAAAGAAACUAAGGGAAUUUUUGAAAUUAAUUAUUGAACUUACUGAAAUUUCCUCAAAAUCAGGAGUGAUAUCUUGUGGAAGUGAAGACUCUGGUGAUGAGAUUGCAAAAUAUUGCAGAGAUUUAUUGAUGCUUAUACCUGACUCAAGUGAAAGUUUAAGCAUGCAGAAUGAAACUGAUAACAGAAUAUAUGAUAAAAAAACAUUGAGGAACUGUGGAAAAUUUCCUUUGGUGAGCAGAUUCUCUAUGUACAAUGAAAACUCAGCCAUGAAAAGAAAGUCCACAGUAAUGAGAUCUGUUUCAAGUACAAAAAAAUCAGAAGCUUCAGGAAGGGAAAGCAAAACUUCAUUGGAAAGUAAUCAGAGCAGUCAGAAGAACAGCCAUUUAUCUCGAUUUAAUGAGACAUCAGUGACAAGACCAAAACCCACAAAAAAUUGUACACGGAAGAAGAAAGAGGAGCACAGCAAACUAGUAGGAAGAGUGUCAGAGAAGAAUCAUGUGCGUACUCCUUUCAAUAUGGACAAUGUCACAACAGUAAUUGAAACAAUAUCUUCAGCUAAAAGUGAGGAAAACUUCACAGACGAGCAUAACCCAGGACUUAAUGAAAAUAUAACCAUAUCUUCAGAACAAAAUACAGAACCAAUAAGUAAUACUGCAACCACAAACUGUCAAAAUAAACUCAAUAACAAAAUGGAAUUUCGGACAAGGAGUAAUGUGAAGCUGAUAAUUCUCCCUCCAUUUGAAGAAUCAGACAAAAUUUCUGGGGGAAGAACUGAAGGGUAUACACCCUCACUGGCAACUAGGCAUACAGAAAAAGAGUUUGGGAAUAAUGUUUGCAAUGUUCUGAUUGAUUCAGGGCCUGUCCAAAAUAUUCAAGAUGAUCAGGUGAUGUUUCCAGUUGAGCAUACCCGUCAAUCUCCCAUGAAAGAUUAUUCACAGGAUGUCUCUUUGCCAUUGCGAAGUUCAUUUGAACCUUUGCACUUGGAGAAAAUGGUAACAUAUACAAAAGGCUGUAACCAUACACAGGAUACUGGACCUAAGCCUUUGAAAGAGACAUUCACUACAGAUGUUCCUGAACUGGAAGGAAAGAAAUCUGUUAUGUUAGAUCCACCAGAUAACACAUUAAAUUUGGAGAAAAUGACAACAUACACAAAUGAAGAUGACUCUUAUUUGCUAGGACCAACUACUGUAUCAGGUCAAGGCUCCAGCCCCAAGCAUUUAAACAGUAUGUCCGAACCAGAGACUCAUGCAGAGCAUCAAGGAAAUGGGUCUGAGCCGUCAGACACAAUAAAUAAAAUUAAUACAGAGAUUACUCAAAAUGUAGUGUCACUGAAAAUACCUGCAGUAGAAUUGGAAUGUAUACUGGACCACAAAAGAAGAUUUAUGCAAUAUAUGAACAAUAAUCCUCUCUACAUGAAUUCAGCCAAACCUUGGGUAAUUGUGUCGAGGUUGAAGUACCAAAUUGAUCCUCUGAAUGGGUGGAACAUUCACAGAUAGUAUCGACAGUUUCUGGAUACAGGAUGUGUCUGUAAAGGAAAGAGUCCUGGCCACCCUCGUGUUCCUAAAGAAGAUGCUGCACGAAUUCAAACUACUUUCCAACAUAGUCCUUCAAAAUCAACUCAUUGUGCCAGUCGGGAGUUACAACUGCCUACAACAAUAAUUUGGUGUGUUUUGAGAUGUCGGCUGGUUAUGAAGCCGUACAAGUUACAGCUGUUACAAGCUCUGCAUCCUGAUGACAAAUACAAAUGUGUGGCAUUUUGUAAUGAGAUUCUUGAUGCUAUUGACAAUGAUAACACUUUCGCACAAAGUGUCAUGUUCAGUGAUGAAGGGAUUUCCACAUUAGUCGUCAGGUAAACAAAGACAGUGUUUGAAUUUGGGGCCUACAGAACUCACAUGCAGCCAUUGAAAUUGUACGAGAUUCCCCCAAAGUCAAUGUGUUUUGUGCGAUAUCCCAAUCAUCUGUUUACAGCCUAUUCUCCUUUGAUAGAAACAUAGUUAAUGUUACAAAACUGGUUGUGCCUGAGACUGCAUGAAGUAAACUUCAUUUUUCAACAAGAUGGGGCACCCCCUCACUGGAAGCACCAAGCGCGUGAAUAUCUGAGAGAAACUUUACUAAACCGUUGGAUUGGUCAUCAAGGAGCUGGUGUCUUAGCAUGUCUCAACUGGGUUCCACAGUCACCAGAUUUGAUUUUCUCUGAUUUCUUCCUGUGGGGUUUCGUUAAGGACAACGUUUAUGUACUACCACUCCCACAGAACCUGAAAGAGUUCAAGAACCGGAUCCGUACCACCAUAACAUCAGUAACAAAGGACAUGCUUGCCUAAGUAUGGGAAGAAUUUGAGUGUGUAUGUGAUAUUGUUCGUGUCAAUGAUGGAGGACAUAUUGGACAUCUGUAAUCUGAACUUG